AUGCCUCUGUUCUCUGAAAGUUCAACCACUGAACUGGAAACAGAAUUUACCACAAAUCUCAAAUCUUCUGAGUUCACUGUCACUCCAACUGUAUUUGAGUCAACAUCUCUUUCCGAAAUGACUACAGCCAUCACUUCUUCCCCUGCACAAGAAUCCACCACCUCCCCUAUUUUAUCUGAAUCUGCAACCAUUCCACAAGCAACAGAAUCCAUCACGAUGUCUCAGGUAACUAACGUAGUUCUGACAGCUAAUUCUGAAGCCACUAUCAACCCACAAGAACAUGAACCGCCCACUACAUCUUCAUUCUCUCAAACUGCAACCGCUCCCAAGAAAACAGAAUUUACCACCAGUCUCAAAUCAUCUGAAGUGACCAUCACCCCUGUUGUGUCUGAAACCACAAACACACCACAAAAAUCAGAAUUCCCAACGAGCUUCUCAUUGUCUGAUUCCAGCAAAAUACCAUCUUUUCCUGAAUCUACAACUCUCUCCAAGGGUACUGAAACCUCCAUGCCUCACCUCUCAACCAACGUAACCACCCCAACGUUGACCGAAACUACAUCAACUCCCCAAAAAACUGAACAUACAACCAUCCCUAUGUCCACAUCAAGUGCCACUUACCAGGCAAUACAAAAUACUACCAACACUAAAAAAACUCAAAUAAUUACAACCACUUCUUUAUCUAAAUCUCAGAUUACUGCCCAAGUAGCUCAAUCAACCUCAAUUCCUCAAGCAACCGAAUCCUUCAUAAUGUCACCAUCUUCUGAGUCAGUUACAUCUCCACCACCUGAAUCCAUCACCACUCUGUCUGAAUCAAAGUUCACCACAACCUUAACUGAAUCUGAAUCGUCCACCCCAACUUUAUCCGAGUCAUCUUCCAAUACCCAAGAAAGUGAAUACCCUAUUGCCUCCUCUCCUUUAUCUACAUCCAUAACUACUCCUGCAACAAAUGAAUUCAACACCACAUCGACAUCGCCCUUAUCAACAGAGAACCAGCUAACAUUUGAAAAUACAAUUAUUAUAUCCACAUCACAAUCCAUUGCCAAUUCACCUCUUACUGAAACCAUCACCCCAACUUUGUCUCAAACCACGCCUACUACUCAGGUAACUGAAUCCACAAACAAAACACCACUAGCAACAUAUGCAACCAUUCCUCAAACAACUGAAUCCACUACCACCUCGCUUUUGAUUGAGCCCACAACCUUAUCUCCCACAUCUGAAUCCACCAUCGUUCUUUUGUUAUCUCGCUCCACAAACUCUCCUGAAACAACAGAAUCUCGACCACUUCCCCAAUAA